AUGUUCCAGUUCCUGUCGCAGGGACGGCGGCAUGGCAGCGGCGGCGAGGCUGCAGCCUCUAGUGACGGCAGCCAGCAGCCUUUCCUGAAUAAUGCGGAUUCUUCGGACGGCCACGCUGCGAGUCCGCAAGAGGAGUCCCCUUAUGAGGACAUUGGGAAGCUGCGUCAUGCUUGCGAGAACUUUGAGGUUCUCUACGUCGACACGUGCCAGCGUCUGGCACGGUUGGAGAAGGCGGUUCUUGCCGGGGCCAUGGACGCGGCCCGCGAGUUAUGCAACGAGAAUCCUGACUCUGUGGCGCCUACCGAGCCCGCCACUCUACUCAGCCCGACACUCCGGCACGCUUUGUACGAGAUCGCUUCACGACCCGUCGCGCAGUCCCUGCCCAUCACGCACACGCAUGUUGCAAGCUCCGACAGCAGUGCUCAGGAGGUGCAGACCAGGAGCACUGUGCAGUUCGACAGUGCGGUGAUGUACGCUGAGGAGGGCGAGUUACUCCUGGUACAUAUCAUGCGCUUGGGCGGAUGGCAUUCAGCCUGCUCUGUCGACUACGAGACCGAGGACUCAGAGAGGUGGGGGCACAAAUGCGAAGCCUUGAAAGGCACCGUGCACUUCAAGCCGGGAGAGAGGACGAAGACGAUCAGUCUGCGAUUCUUCGAGGAUGAUGUGUACCAGGGCUCGACAGUGGAGGUAAGCAUUAGGCUUUCGAACCCACAAGGCUGCGUUCUCGGAGCCUACCUGAAACGGGUCCGCGUUAAGCUGCUGGACAAUGAUACCUUUCCCACAAACAAGUUCGCCAAGGACCUCAAGGAAGACUACAGUGCUGAGUCUUGGAAAGAGGGCCAAGAUUUCAGUAUGUUCGUGGAGUUUUGCAAGUUUGUCUUCAAGCAGACAACUUCUGGGUCUAUCAAGAUGGUCGUCGCAGGCCAGGUCAACAACCUGAUAUUCGUUUAUGGACUCUGGAUCAUGAGGGUAAUCGUGAACGCUCUGGACCAUGACGAUAAUCCUCCCAGUUUGGUGUACGUGACCGUGCUCGCGCUCUGUCUUGUGCUUCCCUUCGGGCUUACCCACCUAAUCGCGUAUCAGAGCUCAGGGUGGGGCGUUGGAGGCGGCGCUCGAAAGGUGUUGCUCGAGGGGUUGAUGUCAAAGUUUUUGUACUUUGAGGAAAAAAGCCGUCACAAACUGAAUACUUACGAAUGGAUUGCUGUUUUCAAUACUGAGGUCACGACGCUAGUGAAUGACGGCUACAUGCAAGUGUUCACACUAAUAACUGCCAUUGGCAAAGUCGUUCUCCUGGCAUUAUUUAUGACUUCUACGGCUUUCACGAGCUAUCGAUUUCAACACGGGGAGAAGGGAACUUUUCGUCAGUAUCGUACCAUUUUUCAUCUUGCCGCCAGUCAUUUGUUGUUAUCUUGCAUUGCGACUGCGUGGUGCCAAUGA